GGAUUCCUAGAAAGGCCCUGGAAGGCUUAAGAAGGAGGGAUGGAAAAAGAGAAAGGCGCUUCCUGUAUCCUUCUCCUUGCAGCCCUUCUUUUUUGGGAGAGAUGGUGAGACCUUCCCUCUUUGGCUGGUCCAGGCCCUCCUUGGUUCACCCAAAGAGAGAAAACUUUCUCCCGGUAUGGAAAUGAAGCCAGCAUCUGCAUUAUCAUUCGGCCUGGGAUGUUCUUUAUUAUAUUCCCCAUCGUCCCCACUUUCAGAGUCUAAUAGCAUAGUUUGACCACCAUUCUGCAUGACCGAGUCACUUAUAGGUCAAAGCCAACAGUUUUCUACAGUUUUCUCUUAAAACUAUUGGGUAAAGGCAACAAGUGUAUUGAGUAAUCAGGUUCUACAGCUUUUUCUUAAAACUAUUUGGUUAAAAAGCACCAAGUGAACUAGGUUAUCUGCUUCACCGAAGUAAAACUAUGUCCAGAGAAAGUGGUGGAGUGGCAGCCCUGGACCGCCAAUGUCAACAUUUCUUCACUCAUGGGUUUUCUCCAGAUAUUAAAAUGGAAGAGGAAGAAGGGCUUGCUUUGGAAUAUGGAGAUUGGGGAGCCGACAAGAAGAGACACUGUUUUGUCCCAGAUGGGUUCCCGAAGUGGCCGCCGCCACAAGUUAAGCAAGAGCCAGAGGAAGGCUUGGCCCAGCAUUGUGAAAUCCAGUGGCAAGAGUUUCUGAGGGCUCUACAACCUUCUCAGAUGGGAUGGGAAGGUCCCAAACAACCUUGGGUUGAAAGGCAAACCAGACAAUUAUCUCUGGGCUCCUUUGAAGGAGAAAUCAGCAAGUGGCCUGCAACAGAGGAAGCGCCCAUGAUUUUGCCAGGCGUCAACAGAGCAGCGGCAAAGAAUCUGGAUAUGAGAGGUGGCGAGGAUUGUGAAAUGAUGGAGGGAGAUCUUCGAGCCAAGGAGGACAUCGGGGCAGAGAUCCAGCGCAAACGGUUCCGGGAUUUCCGCUACCGGGAGACGGAGGGGCCCCACGGGGUUUGUGAUCGACUCCAGGAGCUCUGCCAGCAGUGGCUGAAGCCGGAGAAGUCGAGCAAGGAGCGGAUCCUGGAGAUGUUGAUCCUGGAGCAGUUCUUGGCCAUUUUGCCUCAGGAAAUGCAGAGCUGGGUCAAGGAAGGAGGGCCAGAGAGUCCUGCCCACGCGGUGGCCCUGGCGGAGGAAUUCCUGCAGAGCCAAGAAGAGUCCAAAGGGUGGAAACAGCAGGUCCUUUCUGAGAUGCCCUCUGAGACUGAAAAGGGGGAAUCUACCAGGGGUUUGCUGUCUUUUUUGGCCAUCAAGCCACUGUGCAAAGAGAUCGAGGAGGAGGAGAAGAGGGACAGCGAAGAUGGUGGUCAUCUUGUUAGUGGAACAACACCUGCCAUGGAUUCUGCAUCAUCUCUUCUCAAGGCUUCACCUGUGCAAACUCAGGGACAGGUGACCUUUGAGGACGUGGCGGUGCAUUUCUCCGAGGCAGAGCAAGCCCUCCUGGAUGAAGACCAAAGCUCCCUGUAUACAGAAGUCAUGUUAGAAAAUUACAGAAACCUCACCGCUUUGGGCUUUUCAAUGUGCAAACCAGAACUGAUAUCCUACCUGGAAAGAAGGGGAGAGUCAUCCAUCCGGGAUGCUGAAGAAACAGGAAAAGAGGAAAGUGCAGAUGUUGCAGCUACAAGUGAGGUUAAAGAGGAAAACCUACUGCAGGAGGAAGACCCUAAAUUGGAAGAGAUCCCUGAAAUGAUCCCAUUGGGAUCCCAGGAGGGGAUCUGCCUGACAGCUCAGGAUUGUGAGAGCGAGUCCCCAUUACUGAAGGGGAACCAUGAAUUGGGCGACAGCACAGCCAGUGAGAAUGGGACAGGCAAAACACAUCUAAAAGUCUCUUCUGAUGGAACAUUAUUGGAAGGUUUUCAAGAGAGCGUUUCCAUGAAGCCCGAGCUCUUCGACCAGGGCUAUGAAUCCGAUCGGCAGCCGUGGCAGCAUACUGUGAAUCUGUGGGGCAUAUCCACUCAGAAAGUGGAAGAUGUUGUGGCAGAUAACAUUGGCACCACUUGGGCGGGAGAGGAGCAUCACAUGUGUCGCAAAUGCGGGCAGGCCUUUGAGCACCAGUCAGGACUUAUCGUGCACCAGAUGAUCCAUACGGCGGAGAGGCCCUACGAGUGCCUCGAGUGCGGGAAAAGCUUCUGCCAGAGGGAGAACCUCCUUGCACACCAGAGGAUCCACUUGGGGGAGAGGCUUUACGAGUGUCCUCAGUGUGGGAAGCACUUCAGCACCCGCUCCCACCUCAUCACCCACCAGAGAAUCCACACGGGCGAGAAGCCAUUCGAGUGCCUUCACUGUGCCAAAAGCUUCAGCAACAAGUCCUCGCUCACCACGCACCAGAGGAUCCACACCGGAGAGAAGCCGUACGAGUGUCCGCAGUGCGGGAAGAGCUUUUGCCAGAGCGGGCAGCUGAUCCGGCACCAGAGGAUCCACACCGGAGAGAAGCCGCACGCGUGCCUGCAGUGCGGGAAAUGUUUCUGCCAGAGAGGACAGCUGAUCCGACACCAACGGAUGCACACGGGGGAGAAGCCGUACGAAUGCCUUCAGUGCGGGAAGAACUUCAGCAGGAAAUUGUCUCUUGACCUUCACCAGCGAAUGCAUACGGGAGAGAAGCCAUACGAGUGUCCCGAAUGUCGGAAAAGCUUCUGCCAGAGCGCCCAGUUGAUCCAGCACCAGAGAAUCCACACCGGAGAAAAGGGCUUGGCCAAGUGCGGCAAAAGCUUCUAUCAGAAAGAAACGCUGGUAAAGCAUCAGGGAACCCACGUGGAAUCGAAACCCUACGAGUGCUCUGAAUGUAGAAAGGCCUUCCUACGGAAAGAUAAGCUCGUUUGGUUCUUCUUGCAGAUGGUAUCCUUUGAAGAGGUGGCCGUCUACUUCUCCCAGGCAGAAUGGGCCCUCCUCAACCUCUACCAAAGAGCCGUCUAUCGGGAGGUCAUGAUGGAAAAUUACGGGAACGUGGUCUCCUUGGAGAUGGGAAUGAUGCUGCCGCUGGUCCAGUCGGGACGGUCUCCUCUUUAUCCAACCCGGCAGAGGAACACAGGAGAUCCCACUCAGCUGAAGCCAGUGAACUUCGAGGACGUGGCCAUGUGUUUCACAGAAGCGGAAUGGGCCCUUCUGGAUCAAGACCAAAGAGCCUUCUAUCGGGAGGUCAUGCUGGAGAAUUACGGGAACAUGACCUACUUAGUUCUUGAAUUUAAUCUGGCUUUUCGGAAAGAGGAAGAAGAAGACCUAUGGCAGCCCUUCUUUCAAGACUCAGAUGGAACAGGAGUAGCUGAUUCAGAUAGCCACUCAGGAAACGUCAGGAGAACACAGGUUUGUCCCGAGUGUGGCCGAUGCUUUGCCCUAAAAUUGACUCUUGCCCGACAUCAGAGGGCCCACACAAGAGAGAAACCGUGGGAGAUCUCAGAAAACGGAGAAUACCUUGGACAACGUUUGGAAAAUGCGAACCCUCAGACCAUUCUGAGCGAAGAAACGCCUUACAAGUGCUCCGAGUGCGGGGAGUCAUUUGUGGAUCAACCUAGCCUUCUGAGCCACCGAAAAGCCCACGCUGUAAAGAAUAUAUAUAAAUGUAGGGAAUGUGGGAAAUAUUUUGCGACAAACGCAGAGCUCCAGAGACACUGGAAAGUCCAUGUGGGAGUCAAACCCUUUAAAUGCUUAGAGUGUGGGAAACAAUUUGCCAUGAAUUCAUCGCUGGCGUGUCACCACAGGGUCCAUAAGAAGGAAAAGCCCCACAAGUGCCCGGAGUGCGGGAAGUGUUUCCUCCACAGAACGAAACUUCUGCGGCAUCAGCGGAUCCACACAGGAGAAAAGCCCUACGAAUGCUUCAAGUGUGGAAAACGUUUUUCGGAGAAAUCCAUUCUUUUAAGGCACCAUGCCAUUCACAAUACAGAGAGGCCUCACAAGUGCAUGGAGUGCGGGAAGUGCUUUGCUAUCCCGACACAACUUGUAAUUCACGAGAGGAUCCACACGCAGAAAAGCUCUUACAAAUGUGCCGAGUGUGGGCGAUGCUUUUCCCAGAAGCAGCAUCUUCACAGACACCAAAAAGUCCACACAGGAGAAAAACCAUACAAGUGCUUGGAAUGUGGGAAGUGUUUCUCCGAGAAAUCCCACGUCACCAUCCACCAGAGAACGCACACAGGAGAGAGGCCCUACAAAUGUGCCGAGUGUGGGAAAUGCUUCCCGCAAAAUUCGCACCUCCAGAUACACAUGAGAGUCCAUGCUGUAGAGAAGCCCUACAAAUGCUUGGAAUGCGGGAAAUGUUUUCUCAAGAAGGCCUAUCUGAAUCGGCACCAGAAAGUCCACACAGGAGAGAAAGCCCAUAAAUGCCUGGAGUGCGGGAAAUAUUUCUCCCAGAUUGCCAACCUUCACAAACACCAAAGAAUCCACACAAGAAAGAAAAUAUAUCAGUGCUGGGAGUGCGGGGAAUGUUUUGGUCACCAGUCGGCGGUUGUGACGCACCAGAGCGUGCAUGCCGGAGUGAGGAUGUUCAAGUGCACAGAGUGUGGGAAAGGUUUUGUGGAGAAAUCCAAUCUGGAAAAACAUCAGAAAGUGCACAUGGAAGAGAAACCGUACGAAUGCUCGAAUGUGCACCAAUCCGGCGUUGGGAGCCACCAAAAGCGCCACUCAAAAAAGAGACCCCAUGUUUGCUUAGAGUGCGGAAAAUGUUUUCCUCGGAAACAAAACCUCGAAGUGCACCAAAGUAUCCACACGGGAGAAAAACCUCAUAAGUGCUCGGAGUGUGACAAAUGUUUUUCUCAUACCUCACAGCUUCGCAAACACCAGGGAGUCCACACAGGAGAGAAGCGCCAUAAAUGCUCAGAGUGCGGCAAAAGUUUCCGCGAGAAGUCCUACCUUCAUAUACACCAGCGGCUCCACACGGGUGAGAAGCCUCACGAAUGCUCGGAGUGCGGCAAAUCCUUCCGCGACAAAUCCUAUCUUCGCGUACACCAGAGGCGCCACACAGGCGAGAAACCCCACCGGUGCCUGGAGUGUGGGAAGUGUUUUCUCCUGAAAUCGAGCCUUGACGAACAUUGGAAAACCCACACGGGAGAGGAACCCAGUAAAUGCCUGGAGUGCGGGAAAACGUUUGCCAAGAAAUCGCUGCUCCGGCGUCACCAGACUGUCCACACUGGAGAGAAACCGCACCAGUGCCUGGAGUGUGGGAAGUGUUUCCGCGAGAAAUCGUAUCUCCAUAUACAUGAGAGGGUCCACACAGGAGAGAAACCACACCAGUGUUUGGAAUGUGGGAAAUCCUUUUUCAUGAAAUCGUACCUCCAUGUACACCAGAGGGUCCACACCGGGGAGAAACCCUAUCAGUGCUUGGAGUGUUGCAAAUGCUUCUCCCAAAAAUCAAGUCUGGUGACCCACCAGAGAGUCCACAUUAAGCGAGACUCCAUCAACACUUGGAGCGUGGGCGGUCUGUAUCCACAGAAUGAAACCUUGAUAGAAAUUGGAGAGUCCUUGGAGGAGAAGAACCAGGCUAAUGACUGGGGUGUGGAAAAUGUUUCCCCCAGCAACUGCUGCUUAGUAGACACCAGCGAACCCACACGCAAAGAAAACCCCAUAAAUGCUUGGGGCAUGGCAAAUAUUUACAUCGGAAACCGUACUUUUGUGUAUAACGUAGAGUCGACACCAAAAAAAUCUCCAUGAAUGCCUGGAUUAUGGGAAUUCUUGACAAGCAUUGAAGACAACACUCAAGAAGAAAACUCUCUUUUACAUAUUUGUACACCACUUUUCCACCCGAAAAAGAUACUCAAGGUGGAAGUGUGGAAAAUCUUUUUCUCUGAAAAGGAAAUAAUCCAUUUAAAUGCGUAGAGUGUGGCAGAUGAUUUAGCCUAAUCUCAAGCUUUGUACAAUGUUUGAGAAUCCAAACAAAGCGUUGUCCUGGAGUGUGGGCAAUGUUUUAUUUUGAAAUCAAGCCUUAAUGAACAUUGUA